AUGGCUGGGUUUGGAGAUGUUUUGAAGAUAAUCGGGGAGUUUGGGGCGUUUCAGAAAUGUUUGAUAUUUCUGCUUUGCAUCCCGAGUUUCUUAACUCCUUUUCAUAUGUUUGGCCAAAUCUUCAUUAGUAUUGAGGUGCCUCACUAUUGCAAUUCGAGUUGGAUCCGAGCAAUUAGCCCCAACCUAACUUUUCAACAGGAGCUGAAUCUGACCAUUCCUAAGAGAACUGACGGUUCUUUUGAGCAAUGUUCCAGAUUCACUCCAGUAGAUCUGGAUAUCGAAUCGAUCGCAAACUAUGGCUUCAAUUCAACUCAGGGCUGUGAAGAGGGAUGGGUGUAUCCAACGAUGGACGUCCCAACACUGGUUACCGAGUUUGAUCUGGUCUGUGACCAAAGUUACUUAAAUGACAUCUCCCAAUCCAUUUUCAUGGGCGGCCUGCUGAUUGGAUCGCUGAUCUUCGGCUCACUGAGUGACAGGGUUGGAAGUCAAAUAUCCAUACUGAUUGCCUUGUUCAUAAUGGGAUUCUUCGGCACCAUCGCAAGUCUGGCACCACAUUUCUAUGUUUACGUUGCCCUGAGAUUCAUCGUGGGAACCGCUCUGGCUGGGAUCAGCAUCAGCGUUACAACUUUGAGUUCGGAGUGGGUCGGCCCGUCUUACCGUCCGCAGGCCCUGAUCAUCAUCCAUUGUGCCAAUGCGCUGGGUCAGAUGGCUCUAGCCUGUGUGGCCUACUUUGUCAGUGACUGGCGGCUGUUCCAGAUAACGACCUCGGCUCCUGCUUUCCUCAUCUUUUUCUACGCUUGGGUACUUCCACGCUCUGCCCGGUGGCUGAUAACCAAAAAGAGAAUGAACGAAGCAAAAGACGUCAUUCUAAGAGCGGCUAACAUCAACCAACGAAUCUUGUCUAUGGAUGUCUUUGAUCAGUUGGCUCCGGAAAACACCGAGAGACGAAGAAGCUUCCUGGACCUUUUCAAGGAAACUCACCUGAGGAACGUAACUUUGAUUAUGGCUUGGAUGUGGUUUGUGGACAGCUUGGUGUAUUACGAAGUGAGUCUUCACGUCGGGGACUUUGGCCUGAACAUCUACUUGACCCAACUCAUCUUUGGAGCCGUGGAAAUCCCCUCUCGCAUCCUCUCCAUUUUCCUGCUUCAAUGGAUCGGAAGGAAGAAGUGUCAGUCCUCUUGGCUCAUCCUGGGAGGGAUCAUGUGUGUCAUCAUCUGUGUGAUCCCCAAAGAAUUCCCUCUGAUUGUGACUGUGCUAGCUGUGAUUGGAAAAUCUGCCAUGGCUGCUUCCUUCUCUACUACUUAUUUGUUUUCUGCUGAGUUAUUUCCCACUGUUGUCAGACAAUUCGGCCUUGGCUUGUGUUCGAUGUCUGCUCGUGUGGCGGGCAUCCUUGCCCCACUGCUUGGCAUGUUGGCCAGAUACCACCUUGCUAUUCCUAUGUUCAUCUGUGGGAGUGCCUCGCUGGUUGCAGGGAUCCUGUGCUGUUUCCUUCCGGAGACACGCAACAAAGAUCUUCAGGAUGUGCCGCCGGAGCCUGAAGGCCCACCAAGCAGGGAGAUUGCGCCGAUUUACCACAUUGAUUUGCAAACCAUACCGGAAGUGGAAGAAGUAGUCGUGGAUGAAGCAACGAUCAGGAAAAGUUACGUGUAG